UCCAUCUCUUAACUUGCCGCUUAGUCUAAAAAAUCUCGAGCUCUCCAUCUUUCAGAAAAAAACCCAAUAUUUUAAUCUGUGUUUUUUUUGCCCUUUAAUCAAGUGAUCGUCGUGAUUGGUGAUGUAUGUGAUCGUUGAACUAUCAAUGAGUAGAAAAACAGCCCUCAUCUUCUCUGCGUAGAUGGAAAAGUUAUAGUCUUGGAUAUGUAUAAUUCAUGUUUCUGUAGGGUUGUGUCUUUCAGGUUUUUUUUUCUCUUACAUAUUUUAAUCUCCAUAUCUUGUGUUAAAGGUGAAUUCUAUUGAGCUUAAUUCUUGCCUUUUAUGACGGUUUAAAGUUUUAAACCCCCCCGCAACCGCCUUACUUAACGUUCUUUGUUUUUCCAAUUGACUGGUUGUUGUGGUAGUCUGUUUGUUUGCUUGCUUUAGUGUAUUUCUUAUAAUAGCAUUUAAAAAGCCUAAAUACUAGCCUGUCUUUGGACUCUUGGCACAUACCCACCUUGUCUUUCUUCCUUGUUCACAUUUAGUUUCUGUUUGUAGUUAGAAUUUAAAAAUUGUGUCAUGUGCUUGAAGGCUAUUGGACUUCUGGUUAUUGUUGACUGUGCUUCCUGGUAGGGUGGUUAGCUGUAGUUUCGGAGUGGUUUACGUGGUUGGGUGACUUGGAGUUGUUGUUGAAGGGUUUAGAUUUCAUUAUUUGUGGGUGUUUUAAGCUCAAAUUCUUGAGUAGAAGCGAGGGUUUGCUUAGUGGGAACUGCUGGUGAAGGGUUUAAGAUUUGGGGGCAUUGUAAGAUCGACUUGAUGAGUUUGGUUUUAUAGCGGGUUUUAGAGUUGGAAACCCGAAAAAUUGCUUUGAGGUUUUUACUGUUUUGGAGUUGGGUCGAGUGAAGAUUUACUUGCUGGUUCUCUUCUUUCGCAUUUUGAGACUGCGUGGCUGGUUGGAAACUGAAAUAAGAGAUUGUUGGAGUUGCUGAUCAAGUGAGGUUCAGUGGUUGAGGCUGCUAAUUAGAUGAAAUGGGUAGUAAUGCAUUUGAUCAUCCAUUAAAAAAAUCAGAAGAGGAAGGACUUGAAAGCAGCUAUAAGCUGAAAAGGAGUAUUGAUCAGAUCAGUGGUGGUGAUGAAUCCGUAACAGUUGAUUAUGCGUCCUCAGAGGAACAGUCUGAAGCAGGUCCUCUUCAGGAAGCAGAGAAGCAGAGGACAAAGUCAGGGAAGCAGUCAUCAACUCUAGAGAUUUUCAAAUCAAAAGAAUUGAAUUUUUCUCCUUCACCUCGAAAAGGCAUGAAUCGCUGCAUCACCACACCUGUUGAAACUCAUAGACACGCGCUGUUCAAUGAUGAUGAUAAUAUUACAUUCCAUAGAUCCAUGACGGAGAACAGGGCUUCAAGGCAUGAGCUAAAAUUGAACAGACUGUCAGAGCGUGAAAAGAAGAAACUAAUCAUAGAGCUAGUCAAGAUCCAAAACGAUGGAACAGUUGAAGUUGAUAUAGAUGAAAAUGCUCCUGUUGCUUCGGAGUUGUUAGAGCUUCACUCAGUUGAAGGGGCAUCCUUUUAUGUCAAUGAAAGCAUUUCUGGUUGCAAUAAACCAAUCCCAAGAUUGAAAGUUGCCAUGCUUGUGGUUGGAACAAGAGGAGAUGUACAGCCCUUUCUAGCCAUUGCAAAAAGACUUCAGGAAUUCGGUCAUCGUGUUAGGCUAGCCACUCAUGCUAACUUCCGCGACUUUGUAAGAUCGGCUGGUGUAGAUUUCUAUCCUUUGGGCGGUGAUCCUCGGGUGUUGGCAGGAUAUAUGGCCAGAAACAAAGGUUUCAUCCCAUCCGCGCCUGGAGAAAUAUCCAUACAGAGGAAACAACUGAAGGCCAUUAUUGAGUCUCUUCUUGCAGCGUGCACAGAACCAGAUAUGGAAACUGGUGUGCCUUUCAAAGCCCAGGCAAUUAUUGCCAACCCUCCAGCAUAUGGACAUGCACAUGUUGCUGAAGCUCUCGGUGUACCGAUUCACAUUUUCUUCACAAUGCCUUGGACGCCAACAUAUGAAUUUCCUCAUCCUUUAGCACGUGUACCUCAAAGUGCUGGUUAUUGGCUUUCAUACAUAGUUGUGGAUUUACUGAUAUGGUGGGGAAUAAGAGGAUAUAUUAAUGAAUUCAGGAAAAGAAAGUUGAAGCUUCCACCGAUCGCCUACUUAAGUAUGUACCAUGGAUCAAUAUCUCAUCUGCCAACAGGUUAUAUGUGGAGCCCCCAUCUUGUGCCAAAGCCAAGUGACUGGGGACCCUUAGUAGAUGUUGUUGGUUAUUCUUUCUUGAACCUUGGAUCAAAAUAUGAACCUAUAGAAGAGUUCAUGCAAUGGAUUCAGAAAGGAAAGGAACCCAUAUAUAUUGGAUUUGGGAGCAUGCCUCUUGAAGAUCCCAAGAAUACGAUGGACAUAAUAUUGGAGGCUUUGAAAGAUACUGGACAAAGAGGAAUAGUUGAUCGAGGUUGGGGAGAUCUUGGAAAUUUCAUGGAAGUACCUGACAGUGUCUUCCUUUUGAAGGAUUGCCCUCAUGAUUGGUUGUUUCCUCAAUGUGCUGCCGUGGUUCAUCACGGUGGUGCUGGAACCACGGCUACUGGGCUAAGAGCUGGGUGCCCGACAACUAUAGUGCCAUUCUUUGGCGACCAGUUCUUCUGGGGUGAUCGAGUGCAUCAAAAAGGGCUGGGGCCUGUACCAAUACCGAUAGCUAAGCUCAGUGCUGAGAACCUUUCAGAUGCAAUAAGGUUCAUGCUAGAGCCUGAGGUUAAAUCUCGAGCUAUGGAAUUGGCUAAGUUGAUAGAAAAUGAAGAUGGCGUUGCAGCUGCAGUUGAUGCAUUUCACCGGCAUUUACCCCCCGAGCUACCCUUGCCUACUUCGUCAUCAGAGGACAAUGACCAGCCAAACCCCCUGCAAUGGUUCUUUAUUCAAAUUGAAAAGUGGUGCUGCCUACCUUGUUCGUAAGCUUCUCCUGGUGUCUUUUUGUGUUGUGCAGAUAUGCUUUUUUUUUGUUUUCAUUUUCUUUUGAUCAUAGAUAUCUUAUGAUUUGUUUUGACAUUUCAUUCAUUCCAUUCUUAGCUGGUAUAGUAUUGAGGGAUAGUAAAAGGCAGUAUCAGGUUAUAUUUUUUUUUCCCCAUUGUGUAACAGCAUUAGCUUUUUGUUACAUUUAUUUUGAUCGUCGUCUCUUUACAUUUGUAAUACUAAUAUGAAAAUCAGGGAGUGACACACAACUCAAACCA